UUUUUUUAAAAAGUUUAUUUUGCUCCAUUUUUGAAAAAAGAGGGAGCGUGGGUGGUGAGCGGUUUUUAUAAAUUAUCCUUAAUUUCUGUUAUUUGUCCCCUUCCCUCCCCACCCCCUGCUGAAGCCAGAAUAAGGGCAGGGACCGCGGCUCCUAUCUAUUGGUACCCCCUUACCCAUUCCUCCCCCGCCCCGACGCUCAGCACCAUGCCCUGCACACAGUAGGCGCUCAAUAAAUGUUCGUGGAUGAUGAUGAUGAUGAUGAUGAAAAAAAUGCAGCAUCAACGGCAGCAGCAAGCGGACCACGCGAACGAGGCAAACUAUGCAAGAGGCACCAGACUCCCACUUUCUGGUGAAGGACCAACUUCUCAGCCGAAUAGCUCCAAGCAAACUGUCCUGUCUUGGCAAGCCGCAAUCGAUGCUGCUAGACAGGCCAAGGCUGCCCAGACUAUGAGCACCUCCGCACCCCCACCUGUAGGAUCUCUCUCCCAAAGAAAACGUCAGCAAUACGCCAAGAGCAAAAAACAGGGUAACUCGUCCAAUAGCCGACCUGCCCGCGCCCUUUUCUGUUUAUCACUCAAUAACCCCAUCCGAAGAGCCUGCAUCAGUAUAGUGGAAUGGAAACCAUUUGACAUAUUUAUAUUAUUGGCUAUUUUUGCCAAUUGUGUGGCCUUAGCUAUUUACAUCCCAUUCCCUGAAGAUGAUUCUAAUUCAACAAAUCAUAACUUGGAAAAAGUAGAAUAUGCCUUCCUGAUUAUUUUUACAGUCGAGACAUUUUUGAAGAUUAUAGCGUAUGGAUUAUUGCUGCACCCUAAUGCUUAUGUUAGGAAUGGAUGGAAUUUGCUGGAUUUUGUUAUAGUGAUAGUGGGAUUGUUUAGUGUAAUUUUGGAACAAUUAACCAAAGAAACAGAAGGCGGGAACCACUCUAGCGGCAAAUCAGGAGGCUUCGAUGUCAAAGCGCUCCGUGCCUUCCGAGUGUUACGACCACUUCGACUCGUGUCAGGAGUGCCCAGUUUACAAGUUGUCCUGAACUCCAUUAUUAAAGCCAUGGUCCCCCUCCUUCACAUAGCCCUUUUGGUAUUAUUUGUAAUCAUAAUCUAUGCUAUUAUAGGAUUGGAACUUUUUAUUGGAAAAAUGCACAAAACAUGUUUUUUUGCUGACUCAGAUAUCGUAGCUGAAGAGGACCCAGCUCCGUGUGCGUUCUCAGGGAAUGGACGCCAGUGUACCGGCAACGGCACGGAAUGUAGGAGUGGCUGGGCUGGCCCAAACGGAGGCAUCACCAACUUCGAUAACUUUGCCUUUGCCAUGCUCACUGUGUUUCAGUGCAUCACCAUGGAGGGCUGGACAGAUGUGCUGUACUGGGUAAAUGAUGCGAUAGGAUGGGAAUGGCCAUGGGUGUAUUUUGUUAGUCUGAUCAUCCUUGGCUCAUUUUUCGUCCUUAACCUGGUUCUUGGUGUCCUUAGUGGAGAGUUUUCAAAGGAAAGAGAGAAGGCUAAAGCGCGCGGAGAUUUCCAGAAGCUCCGCGAGAAGCAGCAGUUGGAAGAGGAUCUCAAGGGCUACUUGGAUUGGAUCACCCAAGCGGAAGAUAUUGAUCCUGAGAACGAGGAAGACGGAGGAGAAGAAGGCAAACGAAACACUAGCAUGCCCACCAGCGAGACCGAGUCUGUGAACACGGAGAACGUGAGCGGAGAGGGCGAGGCCCAGGGCUGCUGUGGGAGUCUCUGGUGCUGGUGGAAAAGAAGAGGCGCAGCCAAGGCAGGGCCCUCGGGGUGUCGGCGGUGGGGUCAAGCCAUCUCAAAAUCCAAACUCAGCCGGCGCUGGCGUCGCUGGAACCGAUUCAGCCGGAGAAGAUGUAGGGCUGCCGUGAAGUCGGUCACGUUUUACUGGCUGGUCAUCGUCCUGGUGUUUCUCAACACCUUGACCAUUUCCUCUGAGCACUACAAUCAGCCGGACUGGUUGACGCAGAUUCAAGAUAUCGCCAACAAGGUCCUUUUAGCUCUGUUCACCUGUGAGAUGCUGGUAAAGAUGUAUAGCCUGGGUCUCCAGGCAUAUUUCGUCUCCCUGUUCAACCGGUUUGACUGCUUCGUGGUGUGCGGCGGGAUCACGGAGACCAUCUUGGUGGAACUGGAAAUCAUGUCUCCCUUGGGCAUCUCCGUGUUCCGGUGUGUGCGUCUCUUGCGGAUCUUCAAGGUGACCAGGCACUGGACCUCCCUGAGCAACCUGGUGGCGUCUUUGUUGAACUCCAUGAAGUCCAUCGCUUCGCUGUUGCUCCUGCUGUUCCUCUUCAUUAUCAUCUUCUCCUUGCUGGGGAUGCAGCUGUUCGGCGGCAAGUUCAACUUUGACGAAACGCAAACCAAGCGCAGCACCUUUGACAAUUUCCCGCAAGCACUUCUGACGGUGUUCCAGAUUCUGACCGGUGAAGACUGGAAUGCUGUGAUGUACGACGGCAUCAUGGCCUACGGGGGCCCGUCCUCUUCAGGAAUGAUCGUCUGCAUCUACUUCAUCAUCCUCUUCAUCUGUGGUAACUAUAUUCUGCUGAACGUCUUCUUGGCCAUCGCUGUAGACAAUUUGGCUGAUGCUGAAAGUCUGAACACUGCACAGAAAGAGGAAGCCGAAGAAAAGGAAAGGAAAAAGAUCGCUAGAAAAGAGAGCCUAGAAAAUAAAAAGAACAACAAGCCCGAAGUCAACCAGAUAGCCAACAGUGACAACAAGGUUACCAUCGACGACUAUCGCGAGGAGGAUGAGGACAAGGACCCCUACCCGCCUUGUGAUGUGCCAGUAGGUGAAGAGGAGGAAGAGGAGGAGGAGGAUGAGCCUGAGGUUCCUGCUGGCCCCCGUCCUCGCAGAAUCUCGGAGCUGAACAUGAAAGAAAAGAUCGCCCCUAUUCCCGAAGGAAGCGCAUUCUUCAUUCUUAGCAAGACCAACCCGAUCCGUGUGGGCUGCCACAAGCUCAUCAACCACCACAUCUUCACCAACCUCAUCCUGGUCUUCAUCAUGCUCAGCAGCGCCGCCCUGGCCGCCGAGGACCCCAUCCGCAGCCACUCCUUCCGGAACACUAUUCUGGGUUAUUUUGACUAUGCUUUCACAGCCAUCUUCACUGUCGAAAUCCUGUUGAAGAUGACGACUUUCGGAGCUUUUCUCCACAAAGGGGCUUUCUGCAGGAACUACUUCAAUCUGCUGGAUAUGCUGGUUGUGGGCGUGUCUCUGGUGUCUUUUGGGAUUCAGUCCAGCGCCAUCUCCGUUGUGAAGAUUCUGAGGGUCUUAAGAGUCCUGAGGCCCCUCAGGGCAAUCAACAGAGCAAAAGGACUUAAGCAUGUGGUCCAGUGCGUCUUCGUGGCCAUCCGCACCAUCGGCAACAUCAUGAUCGUCACCACCCUCCUCCAGUUCAUGUUCGCCUGCAUCGGGGUCCAGCUGUUCAAGGGGAAGUUCUAUCGCUGCACAGACGAAGCCAAAAGUAACCCCGAAGAAUGCCGGGGGCUCUUCAUCCUCUACAAGGAUGGGGAUGUUGACAGCCCCGUGGUCCGUGAGAGGAUCUGGCAAAACAGUGACUUCAACUUUGACAACGUCCUUUCUGCUAUGAUGGCACUCUUCACGGUGUCCACGUUCGAGGGUUGGCCUGCGUUGCUGUAUAAAGCCAUCGACUCGAAUGGGGAGAACGUCGGCCCCGUCUACAACUACCGCGUGGAGAUCUCCAUCUUCUUCAUCAUCUACAUCAUCAUUGUCGCUUUCUUCAUGAUGAACAUCUUUGUGGGCUUUGUCAUCGUCACAUUUCAGGAGCAGGGAGAAAAAGAGUAUAAGAACUGUGAGCUGGACAAAAAUCAGCGUCAGUGUGUCGAAUACGCCUUGAAAGCACGUCCCUUGCGGAGAUACAUCCCCAAAAACCCCUACCAGUACAAGUUCUGGUACGUGGUGAACUCUUCGCCUUUCGAAUACAUGAUGUUUGUCCUCAUCAUGCUCAACACACUCUGCUUGGCCAUGCAGCACUACGAGCAGUCCAAGAUGUUUAAUGAUGCCAUGGACAUCUUGAACAUGGUCUUCACCGGCGUGUUCACCGUCGAGAUGGUCCUGAAAGUCAUUGCCUUCAAGCCGAAGGGGUAUUUUAGUGACGCCUGGAACACGUUUGACUCCCUCAUCGUAAUCGGCAGCAUUAUAGACGUGGCCCUCAGCGAAGCUGACAACUCUGAAGAGAGCAAUAGAAUCUCCAUCACCUUUUUCCGUCUUUUCCGAGUGAUGCGAUUGGUGAAGCUUCUCAGCAGGGGGGAAGGCAUCCGGACGUUGCUAUGGACCUUUAUUAAAUCCUUUCAGGCGCUGCCCUAUGUCGCCCUGCUCAUAGCCAUGCUGUUCUUCAUCUACGCUGUCAUCGGCAUGCAGAUGUUUGGGAAAGUUGCCAUGAGAGACAACAACCAGAUCAAUAGGAACAACAACUUCCAGACGUUUCCCCAGGCGGUGCUGCUGCUGUUCAGGUGUGCGACAGGUGAGGCCUGGCAGGAGAUCAUGCUGGCCUGCCUCCCUGGGAAGCUCUGUGACCCCGAGUCUGAUUACAGCCCUGGGGAGGAGUACACAUGUGGGAGCAACUUCGCCAUCGUCUACUUUAUCAGCUUUUACAUGCUCUGUGCAUUUCUGAUCAUCAAUCUGUUUGUGGCUGUCAUCAUGGACAACUUUGACUAUCUGACGCGGGACUGGUCUAUUCUGGGACCUCACCAUUUAGAUGAAUUCAAAAGAAUAUGGUCUGAAUACGACCCCGAGGCAAAGGGAAGGAUAAAACAUCUCGAUGUGGUCACCCUGCUACGACGCAUCCAGCCUCCCCUGGGGUUUGGAAAAUUAUGUCCACACAGAGUAGCGUGUAAGAGAUUGGUUGCCAUGAACAUGCCUCUCAACAGUGAUGGGACAGUCAUGUUUAACGCAACCCUGUUUGCUCUGGUCCGAACAGCCCUUAAGAUCAAGACCGAGGGGAACCUGGAACAAGCUAAUGAAGAACUCCGAGCUGUGAUCAAGAAAAUCUGGAAGAAAACCAGCAUGAAACUCCUUGACCAAGUUGUCCCUCCAGCCGGUGAUGAUGAGGUAACCGUGGGGAAGUUCUAUGCCACUUUCCUGAUACAGGACUACUUUAGGAAAUUCAAGAAACGGAAAGAACAAGGACUGGUGGGAAAGCACCCCGCGAAGAACACCACCAUUGCCCUGCAGGCGGGAUUAAGGACACUGCAUGACAUCGGGCCAGAAAUCCGGCGUGCUAUAUCAUGUGAUUUGCAAGAUGACGAGGCCGAGGAGACGAAAGGAGAUGACGAAGAUGUAUACAAAAGAAAUGGUGCCCUGCUUGGAAACCAUGUCAAUCAUGUUUAUAGUGAUAGGAGAGAUUCCCUUCAGCAGACCAAUACCACCCACCGUCCCCUGCAUGUCCAAAGGCCUUCAAUUCCACCUGCAAGUGAUACUGAGAAACCGCUGUUUCCUCCAGCAGGAAAUUCGGUGUGUCAUAACCAUCAUAACCAUAAUUCCAUAGGAAAGCAAGUUCCCACCUCAACCAAUGCCAAUCUCAAUAAUGCCAAUAUGUCCAAAGCGGCCCAUGGAAAGCGGCCCAGCGUUGGGAACCCUGAGCACAUGUCUGAAAAUGGGCAUCAUCCCUCCCACAAACAUGACCGGGAGCCUCAAGGAAGGUCCAGUAUUAAAAGAACGCGCUAUUAUGAAACUUACAUUAGGUCUGACUCAGGAGAUGAACAGUUCCCAACUAUUUGCCGGGAAGACCCAGAGCUCCAUGGCUACUUCGGGGACCCCCACUGCUGGGGGGAGCAGGAGUAUUUCAGUAGUGAGGAGUGCUACGAGGAUGACAGCUCACCCACUGGGAGCAGGCACAACUACGGCUGCUACAACUGGUACCCAGGCGGCAGUGUGGACUUCGAGAGGCCCCGCGGCUACCAUCACCCCCAAGGCUUCUUGGAGGACGACGACUCGCCCGUUUGCUAUGACUCACGGAGAUCGCCAAGGAGACGCCUGCUACCUCCCACCCCAACAUCCCACCGGAGGUCCUCCUUCAACUUCGAGUGCCUGCGCCGCCAGAGCAGCCAGGAGGAGAUGCCGCCGUCCCCCGCCUUCCCCCACCGCACGGCCCUGCCUCUGCACCUGAUGCAGCAGCAGAUCAUGGCCGUGGCAGGCCUGGAUUCGAGCAAAGCGCAGAAGUACUCACCGAGUCACUCAACCCGGUCAUGGGUGACCCCUCCUGCGACCCCUCCGUACCAGGACUGGACACCAUCCUACACCCCCCUGAUCCAGGUAGAGAGAUCAGAGUCCCUGGACCAGGUCAAUGGCAGCCUGCCGUCCCUGCACCGCAGCUCCUGGUACACGGACGAGCCCAGCAUCUCCUAUCGGACGUUCACACCAGCCAGCCUGACCGUCCCCAGCAGCUUCCGGAACAAGAACAGCGACAAGCAGAGGAGCGCGGACAGCUUGGUGGAGGCAGUCCUGAUAUCCGAAGGCUUAGGCCGCUAUGCGAGGGACCCAAAGUUUGUCUCAGCGACAAAACAUGAAAUUGCCGACGCCUGCGACCUAACCAUCGAUGAGAUGGAGAGUGCGGCGACCACCCUGCUCAACGGGGAUGUGUGUCCCCGGGCCAACGGGGACCUGGGCCCCGUCUCGCACCGGCAGGACUACGAACUGCAGGACUUCGGUCCCGGCUACAGCGACGAGGAGCCAGACCCCAGCAGAGAGGAGGAGGACCUGGCGGAUGAAAUGAUCUGCAUCACCACCUUGUAGCCCCAGGGCCGGGCAGACUGGCUCUGGCCUUGGGAGGGGCGCAGGAGGGCCAGGGGAAAAGUGCCUCGAAGUUAGGACAGUGUAGGCACUGGUCGGGAGUAGAUGCUCGCUCAGACUUUCGGACAAGUGGCGUCAUGCCUUGGGAAAGCCACGAAGCUGGUGGGAUCAGGUACCGAGCGGCCGGGCACCUCUCACUCAGCCCUGGCUGCAGGAAUCGGCAGGCCCCGCCCUCUGGGAGAGCAGGAUCAGGUCAGCCCAGCCCCGCCCCGCCCAGCUGUCCGGCCGUGCACUGAGGUGGAGUGUGCACCUCCCGUGUGUACCUGGAGUGCCCGCGGCUCCCCCCCCCGGGGGGGG